AAUUGUGGCGAGAGCGUGGAGGAGCAGAGGUGUGGGGGGAAGAAAAGGGGGCGGGUGGUGGUAAGCGCAGCGAUUUCUUCUUCUUCGCCUGGUUUCUUUUCCGCCGCCGCCGUCGGGGUUGUCGUCUUGGUGUUUUGUGAGGAGGAAGAGGAAGGGAGAGGGGGAACAGGAGAAAGGAGGAGGGACAGCUUGCCGAAGACUCAAACUCCGACUUUCUCUCUGGCGCUCUAUUGUUCUCGCUCUUUUCUUGUCUCUCGUUUGUUGCUGGCUUUUUGUUGCUGGCUUUCUGAAGUAGAGAGGGCGCUCGCGGAGAUACUGUCGCUCCCUUUUCGAGUUAUUGCCAAAAUCGAGGACUGCAAUGCUAGUCGAACUCAAGAGGAAGUUGUUUAUUGCUAUUACCUUCUUCCACUUCCUUCUGCCACUACAGGCAAAGAAAGAUCUUGACUGAAGGUUGUAUGUGUAGAAUUGAAAAAGAGGACCUCCUAAAGUCUUGGAGAAGGUUUAGUUGCUACAGAGAAGUAAAGAUAAACGCAAGAAAAUUUUGUUAAGCUGCCAGCUGGGAAGACUGCACUAGAGAGGUUAAGCUUUUCCCUACUUGAUUGAGCAGCUCUGACUUGGCAUUUCUUGCUUCUGCUACCAAAAGAUUGGUGGAUUAUUAGAAGUUCUGGAAGACAUGUCAUCCUUAAGCAGGGAACUUGUCUUCCUUAUCCUACAGUUCUUGGAUGAGGAGAAAUUCAAGGAAACGGUGCAUAAGUUGGAACAAGAAUCUGGGUUCUUUUUCAAUAUGAAACAUUUUGAGGAUCAAGUUCAAGCAGGGGAAUGGGAUGAGGUGGAAAGAUAUUUGGGUGGAUUUACAAAGGUUGAAGAUAAUCGUUACUCCAUGAAAAUAUUUUUUGAGAUAAGAAAGCAGAAGUACCUUGAAGCUCUUGAUAGACAAGACCGGGCAAAAGCAGUUGAGAUCCUUGUGAAAGAUCUUAAAGUGUUUGCUUCGUUCAAUGAAGAGCUGUUCAAGGAAAUCACUCAACUUCUUACACUUGAUAACUUCAGGCAUAAUGAACAACUCUCCAAGUAUGGGGAUACAAAGUCAGCCCGCAAUAUCAUGCUUUUAGAGCUCAAAAAGUUGAUUGAGGCAAAUCCACUAUUCCGAGACAAGCUUGUUUUUCCAUCAUUUAAAGCAUCUCGCCUUCGGACAUUGAUUAACCAAAGUCUGAAUUGGCAGCACCAACUGUGCAAGAAUCCACGGCCGAACCCGGACAUAAAGACACUUUUUGUUGAUCACUCAUGCUCACCUACCAAUGGUACACGAGCACCACCUCCUGCAAACAGCCCUCUUGUAGGAGCAAUUCCUAAAGCUGGGACAUUUCCUGCAAUUGGUGCACACAAUCCAUUUCAGACUGUUGUUUCAGCAUCUCCUAGUGCAAUUGGAUGGAUGACAAAUCCUGCUCCCACCAUGCAACAUCCUGCUGUGGCUUCUGGACCAGCAGGUCUUGUUCAGCCUCCAAAUGCUGCUGCAUUUCUGAAGCACCCAAGAACUCCUCCUGGUGCUACUAGUAUGGAUUAUCAAUCAGCUGAUUCAGAGCAUUUGAUGAAGCGGAUGAGAACUGGCCAACCAGAUGAGGUUUCAUUCUCAAGCUCUGCUCAUCCUCAGAACAUUUAUUCACAAGAUGACCUUCCAAAGACCGUUGUGAGGACACUUAACCAAGGGUCCAAUGUAAUGAGCAUGGACUUCCAUCCACAACAACACACCAUUCUUUUAGUUGGAACAAAUGUUGGUGAUAUUGCAAUCUGGGAAGUGGGAUCAAAGGAAAGAAUAGCACAUAAGACUUUCAGGGUGUGGGACGUCUCUGCCUAUUCUUUGACGCUUCAGACAUCAUUGAUGAAGGAUGCUACUAUAUCUGUAAAUCGUUGUGUGUGGGGCCCAGAUGGUUCUAUACUUGGUGUUGCAUUCUCCAAGCACAUUGUUCAGACGUACAUGUACACCCCCACUGGUGAACUGAGGCAACACUUAGAGAUUGAUGCCCAUGCUGGUGGAGUCAAUGAUAUUGCUUUCUCCCUGCCCAACAAGCAACUCUGCAUAAUCACAUGUGGUGAUGAUAAGACAAUCAAGGUUUGGGAUGCUUCUGGAGGUCGUAAGCUUUAUGUCUUUGAAGGCCAUGAAGCCCCAGUUUAUUCUGUAUGCCCACAUCAUAAAGAAGCAAUUCAGUUCAUUUUCUCUACUGCUAUUGAUGGAAAAAUCAAAGCAUGGUUGUAUGAUACCAUGGGAUCCAGAGUUGACUAUGAUGCUCCUGGCCACUGGUGUACGACUAUGGCAUACAGUGCAGAUGGAACAAGGCUCUUUUCUUGUGGGACUAGCAAAGAAGGUGACUCCCACCUAGUAGAGUGGAAUGAGAGUGAAGGAUCAAUAAAAAGAACAUAUUCUGGGUUUAGAAAACGAUCUUUAGGUGUCGUUCAGUUUGACACAACACGGAAUCAUUUCUUAGCAGCUGGUGAUGAAUUCCAAAUCAAGUUCUGGGAUAUGGAUAAUAGCAACAUUUUAACAACAACAGAUGCUGAAGGAGGAUUGGCGGCUAGUCCUCGAUUGAGAUUCAACAAAGAAGGUUCGUUACUUGCCGUUACAACUGCUGACAAUGGCAUCAAAAUAUUGGCAAAUAGUGAUGGGCAGAGACUUAUCAGGAUGCUAGAGAGCAGAGCUUUUGAAGGCCCUAGAGGUCCCUCUGAAUCAAUGAACACUAAGCCUCCAAUUGUCAAUGCACUGGCUCCCAUUUCAAAUGCCAAUUCCUCUCUUGUUUCUGUGCUUGAACGUACUGAGAGAAUUCCAUCGGCCGUGUCAAUGAACAAUUUGACUGCAGUUGACAACACGAGAACACCUGAUAUUAAACCAAGGAUCUCAGAAGAUGGACUGGACAAGAUCAAAAGUUGGAAAUUGGCUGAUAUUGUUGAGUCAGCACAACUUAAGGCCUUGCGGUUGCCUGACCCCUUGACUGCAAGCAAGAUUGCAAGAUUGAUAUACACAAACUCAGGUGUAGCAAUCUUAGCCCUUGCCUCCAAUGCUGUUCAUAAGUUGUGGAAAUGGCAGAGAUGUGAUAGAAGCCCAUCUGGCAAGUCUACUGCUUCUAUUGCACCUCAGCUAUGGCAACCUGCAAGUGGAAUUCCUAUGACUAAUGACACAAGUGAUGCUAAUUCCACAGAAGAAUCUGCUGCAUGUAUUGCUUUGUCUAAGAACGAUUCUUAUGUCAUGUCUGCAUCCGGCGGGAAGGUUUCCCUCUUUAAUAUGAUGACAUUCAAGGUUAUGACGACUUUCAUUGCACCUCCUCCAGCUGCUACUUUUCUAGCAUUCCAUCCUCAGGAUAACAAUAUUAUUGCAAUAGGAAUGGAUGAUUCGACAAUCCAAAUAUACAAUGUCAGAAUAGACGAGGUUAAAACCAAGCUCAAGGGCCACCAGAAGAAGAUUACCGGUCUUGCAUUUUCACAGUCCAUGAAUGUAUUGGUAUCUGCUGGUGCUGAUGCACAGCUAUGUGUCUGGAGCAUAGAUUUGUGGGAGAAGAAGAAGUCAAGGUUCAUCCCGGCUCCUCCUGGACGCCCAUCCCCGUUGGUUGGAGAGACAAGGGUUCAAUUUCACAAUGAUCAGACUCACUUAUUAGCUGUUCAUGAAACUCAGAUAAUCAUCUAUGAUGGGAAACUCGAGUGUCUGCGAUCUUGGACCCCGAGGGACUCACUCUCAGCACCCAUUUCAAGUGCCAUCUACUCGUGUGACGGUUUGCUGAUUUAUACUGGGUUUUGUGAUGGUGCAGUUGGCGUCUUUGAGGCAGAGUCUCUAAGAUUACGGUGUCGCAUCGCACCAUCAUCCUAUAUCCCACCUUCAGUUUCUAGCAGUGGCGGACAUCCUACCGUGAUUGCUUCUCAUCCAUCCGAGCCUAAUCAAUUUGCUCUUGGCAUGAGCGAUGGGGCAGUUUACGUGAUAGAGCCUCUGGAAACGGAACCGAGAUGGGGGUCGCCACUUCCUCAUGACAAUGGUGGUCUUCCUUUGCCCUUGAAUCCGUCGUUGACGAGCCCGGUAUCAGAACCUCCUUCCAGGUGACAAGCGCCUCUGCCCUUAUGUUUCGCUGACGGAACGGAUGAACCAGUAAAGUAAAUGAAGGUGGCCACUGGAAGCAGCAAAAGUGUUGCUGCCACAGGCUCCGUCGUGAAAUUUUCUUCCUGGCGAUUCACCUUUUUUUUUUCUGAGCCAUCGCCAUGCUUCCGGGGGCCUUUUGUCGGUCCCUGGGAAGUGUAAAGUUUUCAGGCAUUCACCUGGUAAAUAGUGUAGCCCCAAUACCCCUGUUGCUAAUGUACAUCGAAGAAGAAGAAGAUACCAUAUGUAAUCCAUGUAGGUGAGAGUUUGUUCCUUUGUUCCUUUAAGCGAUUUAAGGUUGGUUUAUGUAAUGCUUGUAUGGCAUCUUAACUCAAAGAGUUUAUUGAUAUGUUUCAAUUGCUAAUUUUUAUUACAUUCCUAA